AUGAGCAAGAAUCUCCUCGGCCCGGAGGCGCGACGACGACGUCAGGUUCGAUGCGACUGGUCGAGACUAGUGUGCAUGCGAUGCCUGAGAGGUGGUCGGAGCUGUGAAUACACGAACGUGGUUGUUCCGACCAUCGAAUUUAUCCCAUACCGCGGCCAACAGGACAUCAUAUGUUUGACCUCGUCAUCAGAGACGUGGAAAUCGGUCAUUGAACAGCAGGCUACGAGUGAGACGCAGCAAAGAGCCCAAGACAUUCCGUUCCGGACACUUUCAGAAGGCGAGGGUGGGAGGCAACGAGCAGGUGAGUCUUACACAACACAGCCCGCAAUACCAGCUGAAAUACUCGCGCCCAAGUCGAUAUCGGAUUAUCCCUUCGUCCCCAUUAGCUCCCUCGGAGAUGCUGUUGUGUCAUCCGUCUGGACCAAGCUGCCUUCGCGGGACGGAUGCAAAUCCGUCUUCGAGUCUUUUGUCCUCACAAUACACCCUAUAAUUCCCGUCUGCCAUAUCCCGACAUUGCGAAAGGUGUACUCGAAGUUCUGGGAUGAUCUGUCACCGAACACAUCCGCCGAGCUGCUGCUUCUUGUUUUGGCGAUACUAUAUACUAACGUAGCCAAUUCGAGCGAUUCAGAGGCCAGCAUACAAUCUUCGGCCAUCCAUGAACUCUACGACGAGCUCGCGCAUGCCCUGGACCUCUCCUCAUAUUACGUCACGCAGUCCCCGAGCUCCAUAAUGCUCCUUCAGGGUUUCCUCAUCAUGAACACCUUUCGAGCGGGUCAUCUUGCGCCGUUCACCGCAUUCGGAUUCCUGCCUAUCACGAUCCGCUUUGCGCAAUCUUUACGACUGCACGUCGAUCAGAAUACGGAAAGUGACGUGGAUCGAGACGUCCAGCGACGGCUGUGGUGGCACCUGGUAUUUCUCGACGUAGAAUCCACCAUCGCGAGCGGGUUACCCGCGAUUAUAUCCUCUGUGAGUUUCACCACGAAAAUACCGUCUAUCACAUGGGACGAUGCAGCUGUGGGAAGUGAAGCAAACAACCUCUCACCUAUGAUGAUCGCCAUGCAGGGCCACUGGGAGUGGGCGUGCCGCAUGCAGAUCUGGUAUGAACGGAAGCCCGAACAGCAUGAGAUCACGUAUUUCGGCAGGGUGAUGGAGAAUUUGCUGAAGAUGCUUGGCGAGAGCGGUGAGGACGAGUGGGCGCGCGUGUAUCUUCAGAUGCUAAUUGAUCGUGCAUACUGCAUGCUCGGCCUGAGAUUCUGGCAGCUGGACCUAUUCAAGGGGAUGGAUUGUCACAGUGAGAUUGUAAGAACUUCUCGUUCGUUUCUCGAGAGAUUUCUUAGACUUGCUACCCUCCCACAAUCACUGCGCCGUGACUGGUUUGUCCCGGGACUCAUACAACCUAUCCAUGCGUUGAUAGUUCUGCUGGUGCACUUAGAUGGCUGCACAUGUCCAGACGAGGAGGCUAUCCUGAGCAAAGACUUGAUCGAUCAGGUCAUUAGCCUAAGGCAGGGCCGCAUAGUGAAUAGGGGUCAUUCUAUCAACCUACCGACCCCGCGGUUUAAGAACCUCAGACAGCAUAACUCAAGAUAUCUUACACUGAUAAGCCUGAAGACGCGCGUCUGGCAUAAACUGGGCUGGUUGGCUCCCUACGCCUCCAAUCCGCAGGAUGAGCCGGAUGGGGGCCUAGGCAUAAACCAGCCUUACGGAGCCACUCUAAAUCCCGAUAUUGAUGUCGGCUUUGGCUCCGAGUAUCCAACAGAGAACUCGAUUUCGGCGUUGUGGGACGAUUUUGUCGCAGGAGCGUCCCUAGAUGCAAAUACUACUGACUGGGACGAGUGGAAUCAUCUCUCUGCUGGGGUUUUCAUGGAGUAG